CCUGGCCCCAACUACAGUCUACAGCUAAUUUUGGCCAUUUGUUUCUUAUCAUGAAAGCGAUCGAAAAGAAAUCAAAGCCCAAAGGUUGCCAUUGUUGGUCGAAAGAAGAGAACUCGUGCUUAUAUUUUGCAUCCUUUGAUGUGAGAGUCUGUGAACCACAACAAAUUUCUAAAUACCAUUCAAAAAACCUUAUCCACACUUUAAUCACGAGCUGCUUUCAAUUUCCAAACGUGGUCGUACAAAAGUCCUUUCGCAGUGUAAAUGCUGUCUGGCUGGAAAAUUUGCCAAGACAAACAUUAAAAAUCUUAACUUUUUAGCAAUAAGAAGUUUGAGUGUGAAUAUCCUGGGUUUAUACUCGGGUGUUGUAGAAAUUGAAUUCACUUCCUGGGCUUGGGAGGAAAAAGGGAAUUUUUUUUUUAUGGUUUGUUUAGCUUCAGUUCAAACACUCAACACUUGCAAAGAUGCAGCUGGGGUCGCGGGGAAUAUCUUUGCCUUUGGAUUAUUUCUAUCCCCCGUGCCGACGUUCAGGAGAAUAAUGAGGAACGAGUCAACAGAACAGUUCUCAGGGUUGCCUUACAUAUACACUCUAUUGAACUGCUUAAUCACGGCUUGGUACGGUUUGCCUAUGAUAUCUAAGGACAACAUAUUAGUCACGACUGUCAACUCAAUAGGUGCCCUUUUCCAGAUAAUGUACAUUGCCAUCUUCAUAAAAUAUGCCGAGAAGACAAAAAAGUUGAGGAUGGUAGGGUUGCUCUUGUCUGUACUCGUCGUGUUUGCAGUUAUCGCCAUUGGAAGCUUGCUCAUAGUUGACUUUGAAAUUCGCCAUUUGACUAUUGGGUUCCUAAGUUGUGCUUCCCUCAUAUCCAUGUUUGCUUCACCAUUGUUUAUAAUCAAUCUGGUGAUCCAGACAAGAAGUGUCGAAUUUAUGCCAUUUCAACUGUCCCUCUGCGCGUUUUUGAUGAGCACAUCUUUCCUUUUAUAUGGAAUCUUCAAUUUCGAUCCGUUUGUAUACGUCCCUAACGGAAUUGGAACCGUAUUAGGAGUAAUACAAUUACUUCUAUUCGCGUACUAUCAGAAGCCAUUGAGGGAAGACUCUGUAGAACCAUUAAUAGUGUCUUACUCUACUGAUGCAUGAAAAUGUAAUCUUUUCUGUAUUAUUUAAUCAGUGAUCUAUCAGAUCCUGUCUACUUUAUUACACUGAAUAUCUUAAUGGAAAAGGUGCUAUUUAAGUUUCGAGCUACAUUCAGAAUGAUGAUGCUUUUGUUAUUUUUGUAGAACUGUUUUGCUUUGUCAUGGUUAAACUUAAAGUUGCUUAUAUUGGCACUUGGCUGCAUGAACUCUCCCUUAUAUCAAUGUUCAAUGUAUUGUAAAGAUAGCUAUAGCAAA